AUGAUGGCGGCGGUGGUGCGUCCCGCGUUGUUUGUGGUGGCCGUCGUGCUGUGCUGCGUGUGUGGCUGUGCAGCGGCCACUACUGAGGGCAUCGGUGAUGAGGAGCAAGUGAUUGUUGCCCUGCAGAAGGCGAAGGGGAAAGCGCUUGAGGCCAAGGAAGCGGUGAAUGAGGCCAAGAGUAAGGUGGAAGCAAUCAAGCAAGCAACGGUGCAAUUCGAAGCUGAAGCAAAAACGGCGUUACAAGCAGCAACUGCGCUUAAUGCCGCUGUGAAGGAAAAGACGGGUAAUAAACUGGCGGAUAUUGAUGGUGUGGCCGGCUUGGUGAAUACCGCCAAGGACACGACGAACACUUCGUUCAAAUGCGUUAUUUUGAUCGGGAAGAAGGUUACGGAAGCAGUGGAAGCAACGACCAGGGCAGGGCAGUUGUUCACGGCAGCGCAGAACUCGGCUGGCAGUGCACAGGAAGAAGUGGAUGAAGUCCUCAGCGAAGAAGCAGAGCGUGCACAAAAGGCGUUUGAGGACCUAUCAGAAGUUUUGUCUGCGCUGAAACUAGCCCAGAAUAGCGCUGAAGAGACCAAAAACGCUGCGACGAAGGACGGCGCUGCUUUUAAAGCUAUGGACAGCGCUGAGAAAGCGUACAAAUCCGUCAACGAUGAGACUGCCGUUAAACCGUCUACAGUAACCCAGGAACUAACGGAGGCUGCUAAAGAAGCUGUCGGAUUCACAACGGCCGCAGUGGGACAUGCUGAGAAGGCUUCAAGUGCAGUCAACGAGGCUUCUAAACAAGCUUCGAACGCCGUCAGCAGUGCUGAGUCACGGCUCAAGGACAUUGAAGUUGCAUUGAAGCUUCUUAAACCCCGAGAGAAGGUACCUGACGCUUCACCUGAAGAUGCGCAUCCUGCCCAACUUCCACGGCCAGGGGAGGCCAGGGAAGUAGCGCCCGGUCACGGUCUCCCACAGGAUUCACUGAGGAGCACUUCCACUUCUGAGAAGUCUUCUGAUCAUCAGCUAACUGACGUAUCUCUUGAAUCUACCACUGAGACGCAUGCCCCCGGCACAACGGAAGCCCAGGGACCACAAGACAGUGUUUCAGAAUCUCCUAAGGAGUUGGGUGGCAUCACAACAACGAGCGGAAGCGGCACCUCCGGAACUGAGGAUGACACGACACGCGGCUCCACAGUCAGUGCUCAGGGUCCCAAUGCUGCAGACAACAGUAGGAAAACUGAUGCCGCUGAUAAGAAUGCCCCUGACACCAAUGCAAACAACCCCCUGCAGGGCAUCGCUAGCGCGGACAGCAGCGUCAGUCCUUUGUGGGUGCGUACACCGUUGCUGCUGGUGGUUGUUGGUGUGCUGGGCCUCCUGGUUGUCUGCUGA